GACAAUCAGGGCGAUAGAGAUCUUUUAGCGAACCUUGAGGACCGACAAGAGAUGCAGAGAGCUGAUGUGGAAAGGAUGCGACAGCGAGCUCAGAUCAAGCGAAAGAUUGAGAUGCUGGAAAUUGCUCGCCCGGUCACGCAGUACACGGAGCUUCAUACGCAGUUCAAUGAAAUGAAAAGAGAGCGGGAUUUGAAGAAUCAAGAAUUGGCGGAUCUGGAAAGAGAGCUUGAACCUGCCUUGAGGGCCUUGAAUGAUAGGCAGGACUACUGUGUCAAACUGGAUGAUGUCAUAAAGCACAGAACUCAGGCGUUCGAAACUGCGGAGAAAAAGGCUUCAACUGCCGCUGCGAAGAUUGAGCGGUUCGAGGAGCAAUUCAAGGAUUUGGAUGACCAAGCCGAAGCUGAGAAGAGAAGUGGGCAGAGUCACAGGCAGAACAUCAGUAAGGUUCAGCAGAAUUUGAACAAACUCCGGCGUUCUUUGCAAGAGGAAGAGCCUGCAGCUUUGGAUCUGGACUCCUACAACGAGAGAAUUCGGGAGAAACGAACGGAGAUCAGAGAAAUCGAGGCGCAGGCGAAUAAACUCAAAGAAGAAAGACGGCCUCUUCUAGAAGCACACAAGCAUGCAGUGGAUCAGAUUAGGGAGGCAGAGGGACAGCUCAGGAAUCUCGAUUCUCAAGCUGGCCAGCAGGAAUCAAAGCUGGAACGCAUAUCUGCGGACUCUGUCAAAGCUUACCGAUGGCUACAGGAAAAUCAGAGCCGGUUUGAGAAAGAGGUCUUCGGUCCUCCAACCCUUACCUGCUCAGUCAAGGAUCCUGAGUACGCCCACGCUGUCGAAUCGUUGCUACAACGCACGGAUUUCACUGCAUUCACCACGCAAACCCGGAAUGACUUCAGGACGUUGCAGAAAGCUCUGGUUGAGCAGAGGCUCUCAGACAUCAGUAUUCGUACCUGCUCUGCCACCUUAGAUAGUCUUCGCCCAUCCGUGUCCGAUCAGCAAAUGAGAGAUCUUGGAUUUGAUGGAUGGGCCAGAGAUUUCCUGAGCGGACCCGAGCCUGUGGUAGCUAUGCUUUGUAGUGAAAAUCGCUUGCACCAAACCCCUAUAAGUCUUCGGGAUAUCAGUGAUGAGGAGUUCACGCAGCUGCAAGAUGGACCCAUAAGCUCCUGGGUGGCCGGGAAGCAGACUUAUGCUGUGGUCCGGCGACGGGAGUAUGGUCCCAGUGCAACUUCCACUCGAGUGAGACCGGUCAAACCCGCAAAAAUGUGGACUUCACAGCCGGUGGAUGAGUCUGUGAAGGAAGACAUAGUGAGGAGGAUCAAAGCACUCGAAGAUGAGGCCAGCGAGCUGCAGGAGAGGAUGAAUGGUGAUAGAGCCAGACUCGCUCAGCUGGGUAAACGAUAUGAAGAUAUCGAUAACGAGAGGAGACAACUCGAGCAGGAGAAAGGCGAGAAGCAAACGGCACUUACAAACUGGAGAGCAAUUCCGGAGAGAAUCAACCAGGAGGAACGCAAACAGAGGGAGAUCCAGGCAAUGAUUGAUGAGGUGAGAUCGAGGGUUAAGGGAAUUCGCAACCAACAAGCCCAAAUAUCGAUCAAAAAAGCCGAGGCUGCCAUCGAAUAUGCGACUGCGGUCAAUGUUCUCCAUCGACUACACGAGGAACUCAUCAAAAUCAAGAUUCGUCACAUCGAAGGCAUCUCCGAUCUCGAGGCUCUUAGAGCACGUAACGUGCAGCACCAGGAGAGGCUGAAUGCAAAGCGCGACGAAGUGAAGGCUGCCCAGCAGCAAAUCAAGGACACCACCGAGCGAAUGAAGAAGCUAUACAAGGAAGCGCAAAAGAUCCUUGCAGAUGCUAGCAGACAACCCGAUCUGGCUGAAUUUAUCCCCACUCUGGCCAACCACACCACCGAUCAGCUCGAUGCGGACAUUGAUGCCGAGAAGGCGCGCCUCGAGCUCACCCACGGAGGCAACAGCGGCGUGAUCAAGGAGUUCGAGGAACGGGCUCGUCAAAUCGACAAGCUGCGCAGCAAGCUCUCCGAUUUCGACAACAAAAUGGCGGACUACAACCACGCGAUUAACGAGAUUCGCGGCAAGUGGGAGCCCAAACUCGACCGCAUCAUCAAGAGCAUCAGCGAUGCCUUCUCCGACUCCUUUGCUCGCAUUGGCUGUGCCGGUCAGGUCACCCUGGACAAGGCCGAAGAGGAAACCGGCCCCAACGGCGAGGCUGCCGACACGGACUUCGACCAGUGGUCGAUCCAGAUCCACGUGAAGUUCCGCGAGCACGAGAAUCUGUCCCUACUAAAUGCCCACCGGCAGUCCGGCGGCGAACGCGCUGUCAGCACGAUCUUCUACCUCAUGGCGCUCCAGUCGCUGUCCGCCUCGCCGUUCCGCGUUGUCGACGAGAUCAACCAGGGUAUGGACCCGCGGAACGAGCGCAUGGUCCACGGGCGCCUGGUCGACAUCGCCUGCGCUCCGUCUGAAAGCGGCGGCGGCGGUCAGUACUUCCUGAUUACCCCCAAGCUUCUGAGCGGAUUGACCUACAAGCCUGGCAUGCGGGUUCUUUGCAUCUACAGCGGAGAGCACAUGCCUGAAGACUACAACGUCCUUAGCUUCGGCGAGGCGAUUAACAAGAUGAGAGCCGUGGCCGGCCGUAGUAAGGGCAAGGGAAGGGCGAUCGACGGUGUCCGAAGCAACGGGGACGUCGGAGUAUACGGUUGAAUGAUCUGAGACAUUACCUCGUCCUCCGUCUCGCGCGUAUCUUUGGAUAGGAGUUCUCUUUCACAUCGUUUCUUGCAGGAGUUCGACUCGCUUGUGAUACCUUUGUUUGGUUUGGAUAGGUUAAAGUGACGACGCCGGGAAGAGGGUCAUGAUGAAUUUUCUUGCAGGUGCCAAUCUUGCUUUAUGUUUUCGGAUGUACAUGAUAAAACAUAGGGAAUGGUGGGGAUCACGAAUGAGACAUUGCAUUGUUGUUGUCUUUUGCAAAACCAC